ACUACUUCUUAGUCUUUUUUUUUUUUUCUUGUGUAAUAUUUUGGGAGAAAAUGACCCUUGCCCUCUUGACUUCCGUCAUGUGUUUCCGGUUGUUUUGAUUUUCCCGCCGUACGGGCUUUCUGUCAUCCGUUCCGGGCUGUUAUAUUUCUGUUCCUAAUGUGGUUUAAUUAAUACGUUUAAUCAAUAUGAGUUCUUCAAACAGCUACAUUAGCUCUUUGGAGCCUAAUGACCGAACCAGGUAUUUUGAGAAAUUAAUGGUAAGUGUCGAAGACGCCGGCGAUAGUUCAAACCCGGAAGUGACUGGUUCGGCGGUGACUGGUGACGGUGUACGCCUACCUGACCCAUACAGUCUGACAGGUUGGAAGGAUGAUUUGAGCCUCUGGCCAGAUACGGACUAUGGGUGCAUCUACACCUACCUAAUCGAGGCUCCAGGUCCGUUUAACGGAGAAGCCAUGAAAGCCUAUAAAUCCCUGGAGGCGUACAAUCUCUUUAUAAGUGGCCAUGUGAGGGAGUGCAGGUACCACCCUAUUGGAAAAAAUGUGAAGGUCUGCUUCCUUAAGGCCAAGGUUGUGCCAGGACAGAGAGUAACAGAGACUCCUCACAACCCAUGGGUGUGUUUGACCAAAAAAGAGGGUUAUGUCAUGGCAGCUCACUGCACUUGUAUGGCAGGGUAGGUAAUAUAACUGCAUUGACCAUCAUAUCCAAAAAGUCACAUUUUUAUCUAACAGUGUUCUCGUCAGAUGAGGUCCAUGGCAAGAAACAGUUUUAGAAAUAAUGAAAGUCAAACUAGUACUCACCUGUAAAUGUUCCUCCGUAUAUUUCCAGGGAGGAGCGACCAUGCAGUUUGUAUGUGGCAAGAUAACUGU